AAAGCAGAGAGGAAUAAAAAGGAGACCGGAUGUUGACAAAUUUCAUGUCACUGUUCUUAUUAGAAGCAAAGCAAAGCAGCUUCUGUUUGUUUGUGUCAAGAUUUUCUUAUCUGGGAUCUCUCUCUCUUUCUUUAGUACACAAACCUUUGAAGUCUUAUACAACUUCUGUCUCUUUCUCUCUCUACUUCUUGUUCUUCUCUCUCUAAAAAAAAGAGCUUUCUUUUUUCUCUUUUUCUGAGAAUUAGAACCAAGAAAGAGAAAAAAGAAUUCUUGUGUGGUGGCCCCAUCAGAUGUAAAUCUCCAAUCUUUUUUUUCAGUUUCAUUAGGAUCUGAAGCUUCUUUAAUUCAAUGGUCUACUUGUUUCAUAAUUAUUAUUAUUAAAUAUUUAUUUCCCAUUAUUUGAGUUAAUAAUUCCACUUUUUUUGGGGUCACUCAAUUUAUCAUGAUUCUUGAGUUGGUGAAUUACUUCAAUUUAUGUUCAUUGUUCAAUCCACGAAAAGGUUAUUGAGAAGAGUUGGUUUCAAGAUGUGGGGUUGAGGAAUGGGAACACAAGUGCACUGUAAAGGCUACUUAGCAAGCUAUUACUCUAUGAGGGACCUUAAUGAGGACUCUAAUAGCAGCAGUUGGCCCCUAUUUUAUGGAGAUAAAACCUUACCGAACGGUCAAUAUUGUAAUGGUUUCACGUCAAGGACUAUAACUGAUGCAUAUCCAGGAUAUGAUAAGGACAUUCUGAAGCAGAAGAUGCUUGAACACGAGGCCAUAUUCAAGAAUCAGGUGGUGGAACUUCAUCGCCUUUACAGAAUUCAGAGGGACAUGAUGGACGAAAUUAGAAGGAAGGGAAUGCAUAAACUUCGCUCAUCGAUGGAGCCAUCAUGUUCAUCUAGUCACCUAGGAUCUCAAGUACCGUCUGAAGAUGCUCGAAAAUGGCACAUAACAAACUUCCCCUUGGAAAAUUCCAGUUAUACUAGACCAUCUACAUCUGGUACUGAAAUUGUUAAUUCUCCCUUUAGUUCUUCAAAAGGAAAUGGUGUGCAGUCUGGUCGAGUUCAAAUGCAGAACGGUUAUUCUUCAAAAGCCUCUGAUGUUUUGGAGGCUAGGCCCUCGAAGGUCCGGAAAAAGUUGUUUGAUCUUCAACUUCCAGCUGAUGAAUACAUAGAUACAGAUGAAAAUGAGCCGUUGCGAGAUAAUGUAGGAUCUUCAUUUCCCAGUUAUCCUUCUAAUGGAAAUUACAUAGUUGCCCAAGAGAGUGGAAAUAAAUUGUUUCUUGGUGGUGGUGCAAAGAGUGAUAGCCGAAAAGAUGCUUCGGCAUCCAAUUCGUGUUUGAGAAGCUCUAUUGGGUUGGCUGAUCUAAAUGAACCAGCGCAGCUUGACGAAGCCACCCGUCCUGUUGCUUUUCUUGGUUAUGGUAAUAAUCAUAAAGAAACUAGAAGCAUAAAUGCUUCUGCAAGGUCAAAUCCGCCGUUUGUGGCUUUGCCUUGGAAUUCCAAUUGUGCACGUCCAAAUGACUCUUUAAGUAAUGUAUAUGUUGACAGUAGAAGCAAAGAGAGGGAGUGGUUGGCAUCGGCAUAUGAAACAGGUAACACCAAAGGUAGCUCGGCUUCAUUACCGAGAGGUCUUGAACAAGAGAAGAUACCUGCAGCUUCCCAUCAAGCAACAGUUAUGAUUAACAAAGCCUAUCAACCGCCGGGGGUUCAUCCAAUUCACCAUAGUAAGGAUGGCUUUUGGAAAGAUAGAGCAGGGCAUAGUUUAGAUAUCUCUCACAGAAAUGGCGAGCAGUCCAAUUAUACUCAUGGUGAACCAUUUGUUACUUCCAAGAUGGCUAGUCCAUAUCCAUGUCCGAGUUCCUCCGAAUUUAGCAGUUCGUGGCUGCACUCUGUCUCUCCGUGGGAGAAGCCAAGUGGUAGCUUUACUCAGAGGUUAUCCUCAAUGCAUGCAAACUCAUUCUUCAACUCUUCUGCAGUAGUUGGUAAGGGUUCACAGUCAUCUCAGAGCCAAAUUGGUGACAAUUGGCACGUGAACGGCAGUUCUAGGUUGCAUCCUAUCCGUAAUGGUUUUUACCAUGGGUCCUCAUCCAGGACCAAAGAAUCAAUUCACUUUCCUACAGCUGCUUUUGACUCUUUGAACCAUAUUAAGGGGGACCAUUUUAUGUCUCAGCGCUCCUCUGACAAUGCAUGUGAGAAUUUUCUCACUAGCUCUAACAAUGUGGAUGUUGUGACAUCUGGAAAAGGUUUCGACUUAAAUGAACUAUCAAAGAGUGCACUUAGUGAAGAACUUCCUAGGCAAGGUGUUGAGUUUGGUGAUGAAAAAAGAGAGCCUCAAGAUCCGGUUACAGUUUUGCCAUGGCUUAAAGCUAAAGCAAAUGGUAAAAGUGAGGGCGUCAAUAGUAGGAUAGGUGGAACUUCAACAAAUUCUGGCUUUGUCCAGGCCUACUCAAGCCCUUCUUUUUGCCAAACACCGAUUAAUCCAUCAGUUUCUGAAGGUCACCGCAUGAAGACCGCAAAAGAAGGGGAGACGCGGCAUAUAAGAAAAAUUCUUGGUGUACCGAUUGAUCCAUCAGUUUCUGAAGGUCACCGCAUGAAGACCGCAAAAGAAGGGGAGACGCGGCAUAUAAGAAAAAUUCUUGGUGUACCGAUUGAUCCAUCAGUUUCUGAAGGUCACCGCAUGAAGACCGCAAAAGAAGGGGAGACGCGGCAUAUAAGAAAAAUUCUUGGUGUUCCAAUCCUUGAUAUUCCCUCUGCUUCCAGAAAUGAGUCAUCAUCACUUGUUUCCACUUCCGCUACUCUUCGUUCCUCUCCCAAGAGGGAGAGUAUCAGACAUCAAAGGAGGAGUAUGGUGAUUGACAUUAACAUAGCUUGUGACCUUUCUGAGGUUGAGCCCGAGAAACCUGCUGCUGUGGAACCAAUUGUUACUGGGAAAGUUAUGGAGACAAAAGCUACCAACAUCAAAAAUCACUUUGAUUUGAACUCAUGUAUUACUGAGGAUGAAGAACCAGUUUCUGCUGAGAGCAAUAAGGCUAAGGUGAAGACUAUUCUGGAUAUAGAUUUGGAAGCCCCUGUAGUUAUGGACAUUGAACAGGACAGUUUGCCUGGAGAAGAAGACAAGCAACGUGAAGCAUCUUUGCAGCUACUUGACGAUAAACCUGAGCACACACAGGAGGAAUUACUCAGGACUGCAGCAGAAGCUAUAGUUGCCAUCUCAUCGUCCAGUCAAUGCAUCUCCGUAAAGGAAACAUGCAAUGAUCCAUCCGAUGAUCCUCUGGAAUCCCUACGAUGGUUUGUCGAUGUGAUCUCUUCUUGUGCAGCCGAGCUUGAUGGCACGAUUGUUGCACGUUGUGGUUCUAAGGAAAUAGAUUGCUUUGAGGAAAUGACAUUGCGACUAACAGAAACGAAGGAGGAAGAUUACAUGCCAAAGCCUUUUGUUCCUGAAUUCCAAACAGCGGAAGAUGGAGGGACCAGUUCACUAACAACCCGACCCCGAAGAGGGCAAGCAAGGAGGGGAAGGCAACGGAGGGACUUCCAAAGGGAUAUCCUUCCCGGUCUAGUUUCAUUGUCAAGGCACGAGGUGACCGAAGACAUUCAGACGUUCGGAGGGUUGAUGAGAGCAACGGGCCAUACUUGGAACUCCGGUUUGACAAGAAGGAAUGGGACAAGAAAUGGAGGUGCUAGGGGAAGGCGGAAAACAAUUGUGGUCGCCACCCCUGCAACGGUGUUGACCACGACGAGCUCUCCGCUAAUGCACCAACUUAAUAACAUUGAAGCUAGUUUGGAGGAUAAAAACCUAACAGGGUGGGGAAAGACACCUAGGCGCCCGCGGAGGCAAAGAUGCCCUGCAGGUAAUCCUCCGGCUGUCCUGUUAACUUAAACACGAGCAAAAAUGACGUUGUAAUAUUGUCGAUUCAUCAUUUAUAGAGAUGACAUUCAACGGAUUUAGGGAGCUUUGUUUAUGAGUUUCAGGAGUGAGUUUUUAGCUAAAUGGGGAUUGUUUUUGUACAUGUCUUUGUUUGCUCUAUAAUUUGGAGCCCCCAUUAUUAUGUUUCUUACAUUGGAUUACUGACCUUGUAUUCAGGAAGAUGCUGCUGCAUAAUGUCUUUGUGUUUUUAUACAGCAUUUCUUUAGCUGUG